AGAUAUUUCAAAAAGAAUGUUAUUCGAUAGAUUAUCAGAAGAAAUAAGUUUAUAAGUAGAUAGAAAAUUAUAAGCAGACCUUGAAAAAGCAAAAGAAUAAAAAUUAUUAAUUUUGAAUCAAUUGGGAAAAGUUAAAGAUUGUAUUAUAUUGUAUUUAUUUAUUAGAGAAAUUAUGUGAAUUAAUUUAUAUGAAAUCAUAAGAAGAUAAAGAUGAAAAAGAGAUAUAUGCAAGUGGAAUCUUUGUAAAUUGUCCAAAUUUCUUAGGCUUACAUAAUUAAAUAAUUGAACAAAUAAAGUUUUUAAUUGAUAAAUUUAAAAUUACAAUGGUCAUUGUUAUUGAUAAACCAGAUAUUUAUAGAGAUCUUGAUAAAAUUUAAGAUCUUAUUGUCUAUAAAAUGGAAAAAUUAAAAGGAGUUGUUGAUUCCUAUAAUCUGAAAGAAUUAGAAUAAUUAAAUUAUAUUUCUUUCUAAAGUAGUCAAUCUAUAACUGAAAAUUAAUUAGAAUUAUUUUAAAUGUAAAUUAGAGAAGAUAAAUAAAUAAUUUUUGAAAAAACUAAAUCUACUAAUAUAGUUAAAUUGACAAUUGCAGUUCUUCAUCUUAAUAAAACAUAACUGGAAGAAAAUAAUUCUGAAUUAAAUUCUAAAUUAAUAUUGUAAGCUCCUUUGGCAUUUUUAGCAUAUGUUGAUAACUUUGAUAAAGACAAAGGUUAUUUAAUUUAAAUACCAAAUGACAGUUGUCGUCAAACAUUAUAGAACAACGUUUGUAUUAUAGGAAAAUGA